AUGAAUGGCAUACAAAAUGUUCACAGACUUGACUUAAUGCUGAUACUAUCGAGGUGUUCUGGUCAAGAAGGUCGAGGUUGGCAAGCAAUGCCAGCUCUUCUAAGGAACUGUCCGCGUUUAGAAACUAUCAUCAUUCGGGGACUAAUACACGAUGUGACUGAUAAAUGUGGGGAUGCUUGUCCCUGCAUUUCUCGGGAAGACAGAGGACUUUCACUCAAGUCUUGUCCAGUGAAUAGGUUAGAGAUUCAAGAGUUUCGAGGAACAAUGAAAGAGAUGGUCAUUAUAAAGCAUUUCUUGGACUUUUUGCCGAGUUUGAAGAGGUUUGACGUCUUCGUUGAAGAUGAUGAACCUACACAGCUCAGAAACGCUGAAUUGUCUAACUGUGUCGUGGAGAUGUUCGCACUCUACGGCAAGUUGUUUCCGAGUGCAAAGUCCAGCUCCUGUUUAGUGAUUUCUUGGAGAAGAAGUGAAAGAACAAGGACAUAUCUGAAGACCAAAACUUACGCCAUAGUUUUGCCUUGGAAUGCAAAACCUGAAUCUGUUUCUAUUGUUUUUGCCUUAUUUGACUUCGUCGUUUUGUUUUGUUUAGUUGGCAUUUAA